ACACAUCUAACAUUUUAACAAUUUAACCUUAAACAAAUGAUCUGACGCUUACUGCACAAACAUGUGCCUCCUUGUACUUGGAGGCAUUAGGACCCAGAGGGCUGCUCUCCCUCUGUGCUGUCCUGUGUUGAAGCCUGGGCUGCCUUCGCUCUCUCUCUGUCCCUGUUUCGGAUAGACAGUGGCUGCCUGCUGGAUCUCUGCCUUUCCCUCUUUUCCUCUUUUUUCCCCUCUGGACAUGGAGAUCAGAGGCCCGGAGACGCCCAGCAUCCAGCAGCAGAUGGAGGGCUUCCACAGACAACCUGCAAGCCCAGCUCAGUCUCAUUACCCGGGAGCACUGCAGCUUCUGGAGUAGUUUCCUCCAGAGUUUCACCUGAGCAGAGGAAACACAGAGGUGUCCUGGUUAAUGCUGUUUUUUUAAUUCUUCUUUCUUCAGCCUCUGAACUCUACCUCCUCCCCUUUUCUCUUUCACUCGUUCAGCUGUCACUCUGUCUGUCACUCUCAGGAUAUCCCCUUCCCUCUUUCUAGGGUUUCAUAAUGCAUCAGGAUCUCAUUCAGAGGCAGGGGUGGAUUUCAUCCCACCGCUUUCUCCUCGUCUGAGAAUACGGAGUUCGAGUAAUGAGUGCUGCUUCAGCAUCAAUCAACAGACUGGGGUCAUGGAAAUAUUGAAAGGUCACAGGCCGGUGCCUCGCAGAGCCUCAGAAGUAACUUUGAAUAACUAGAUAAGAAAUAAACCUUUCGGCACUGUUUCACUGUAUUUUUGGAGCUGUUUUCUUUUUGUAUGUGUAUUUUUUUUGUAUCAAUCGGAUAUACAAUCAUGGGAAACGCAGCAGGAAGCAUGGAGAUGUCCCAGGGGAAGGAGGCCACUCCGGGCUCCUCGGGGUCCCAGAAAAGAACCAAGGAGCUGAAACUCCCGAUGCCACCUGAUGAAGAAUUAGAGCAACGCUUCAACGCCGUGCUGAACACGAUGAACCUUCCUCCAGACAAGGUGAAGAUCCUCAGUCAGUACGACAACGAGAAGAAGUGGGACCUGAUCUGUGACCAGGAGAGGUUUCAAGUGAAGAAUCCACCGUCCGCUUAUUUGGAGAAGCUGAAGAGUUAUCUGGAUCACGGAGGAGUCAGUCGAAAGUUUAAGAGACGUGUCCAAGAAUCCACUCAGAUCCUGAGAGAGCUGGAGAUUUCCCUGAGGACCAAUUACAUCGGUUGGGCUCAGGAGUUCCUAAACGAGGAGAACCAGGGGUUAGAUGUUCUUGUGGACUAUCUGUCCUUUGCUCACAGUGCUGUCACGUACGAUGCGGACACUUUGGACAACGGCACGCUGCCCACGGACAGAAACAAAACGAUGGACCGGUCGGCCGAGGAUCUGAGCAGAAGUGCCAGUAACUCACCCAGUCACAGUGCCUUGAAGGCCAGCAAGACCUUCACCGUCAGAUUCAACUCUCUCCAAAACAGGAAAGCCCUGAGGAGCUCUCGUGUCGUGAGCCAGACGGACGACGUUCACCUCUGCAUCAUGUGUUUACGUGCCAUCAUGAACUAUCAGACUGGCUUCAACCUGGUGAUGAAGCACCCCUGCUGUGUCAACAAGAUCACGCUGAGCCUCAACAACAGAAACCCGAGGACCAAAGCUCUGGUGCUGGAGCUGCUCGCGGCCGUGUGCUUGGUGAGAGGCGGCCAUGACAUCAUCCUGUCCGCCUUCGACAACUUCAAAGAGGUGUGUGGAGAGAAAAGCCGCUUUGAGAAGCUCAUGGAGUAUUUCUGCAAAGAAGACAGCAACAUCGACUUCAUGGUGGCCUGCAUGCAGUUCAUCAACAUCGUGGUCCACUCGGUGGAGAACAUGAACUUCAGAGUCUACCUGCAGUACGAGUUCACUCGCCACGGGCUGGACGACUACCUUGAAAGGUUGAAGUUCACGGAGAGCGACCGGCUGCUGGUGCAGAUUCAGGCCUACCUGGACAACGUGUUUGACGUGGGAGCUCUGCUGGAGGACGCGGAGACCAAGAACGCUCUGCUGGAGCACAUGGAGGAACUGCAGGAGCACAACACACAGCUGAACUCGAGGCUUCAGGAGACGGAGCGGGAAGCGAUGGAGAAGGUCUCAGAUCUGGAGAAGAAACUCAUCCAGACCACCAAAGAAGUGGAGCUCUUAAAGGAGAGUCUUCGCGAGUCUUCCUCUCAGGUGAGUUUUCUGCAGCAGCGAGAACGAGAGAGAGAGCUCGAACGCGAGACGGAGAGAGAGAGGGAGCGGGACAAAGACCGAUCCACCGAGGCUCUGAGGGAGCUGGAGGCCAAAGUCCAGGUUCUGGUGGAGCAGGGCCUGGUCCGGAUGGAGCGCUCCGCCUCCGGACACCUGGACAUCCAGGUGGUCCCCGUCAUCCAGCACGUGACACAGAAAGCUGAAGACGAAACAGAUUCAGGUAAAGACCACGAGGCCACCGCUCCGUCCUCAGACCUCUCUGUGACUGCACCACCUCCACCACCACCACCUCCUCCUCCUCCUCCUCCUCCACCACCUCCUCCGCCCAUGCUGGCUCCUGGAGGCGGUACGACGCAGGCGCCGACUGACGGGAGCUCAGGUCGUAAAAAGAAGAAACCCAUCCAGACCAAAUACAGAAUGCCGCUGCUGAACUGGCAGGCGCUCAAAUCCAACCAGGUGACGGGAACCGUCUUCAACGAGCUGGACGACGAACGCGUCUUAGAGGAGCUCAACAUGGCCGUUUUCGAGGAGCAGUUCAAAACCAAGGCCCAGUCCGCCCCCGUCGACCUCGGCACCCUCAAGAUGAAAAAGGCCCAGAAGACCUCCAGCAAAGUUUCUCUGAUGGAGCCCAACCGAGCCAAAAACCUGGCCAUCACCCUGCGCAAGGAAGGCAUGGCUGCUUCUGACAUCUGCUGCGCGAUCGAGACGUACAACCAGAGAGCUCUGAGCCUGGACUUCCUGGAGCUCCUGGAGCGUUUCAUCCCCACAGAGUACGAAAUGAAGCUCAUCUAUAACUACGAGUGCGAGGGCAGGCCCCUGGACGAGCUCAGCGAGGAGGACCGCUUCAUGGUGCGCUUCAGCAAGAUCCCGCGGCUCUCCCAGCGCAUCAGCACUCUGACCUUCAUGGGCAACUUCCCCGAGAGCGUCCAUCUAAUACAGCCGCAACUGAACGCUCUCAUCGCCGCCUCCAUGUCGAUCAAAUCUUCCAUCAAACUGAAGAAAAUCCUGGAGAUCAUCUUAGCGUUUGGAAACUACAUGAACAGCAGCAAGCGCGGCGCGGCGUACGGCUUCCGCCUGCAGAGCUUAGACCUGCUGUUGGACACCAAAUCCACCGACCGGAAGCAGACGCUGCUGCACUUCAUCGUCAGCAUCAUCCAGGAGAAAUACCCGCAGGUCCAGGCCUUCUACACCGAGCUGCACUUCCUGGACAAGGCGGCACUGGUGUCUCUGGACAGCAUCCUGCAGGACGUGCGGACUCUGGACCGGGGCAUGGAGGUGACGAGGAGAGAGUUCUCUGUGGAGAAGGACAACCCGGUGCUGCAGCAGUUCCUCAGCAGCAACGCUGAGCUGCUUCAGUCUCUGACAGCUGAUGGAAGAACCGCCCAGGACGUGUACGACUCUGCCGUGGAGUACUUUGGAGAGAACUCUAAAACCACGCCGCCCUCCAUGUUCUUCCCCGUGUUCGUCCGCUUCAUCAAAGCGUACAAGCAAGCCGAGCAGGAGAACGAGCAGAGGAGGAGACACGGCGUCAACUGUGAAGCUCCAUCAACUCCACCUAAACCAGAAGUCACCGGCACCAAGGUGUGCGUGCCGUCCAGGCUGCCUCAGAUGGAUCUGAUCGCCGAGCUGAAGAGGAGGCAGGUGUCUCCUCUGGUGAGGGAGGGGAAGGACGGAGCCAUCGAGGACAUCAUCACAGCUCUAAAGUCCGUGCCCUUCACGGCUCGCUCUGCCAAACGUUCCUCUCGUCUGUUCUGCGACUCCGUCUUCAGCGACGAGAUCUGAGGAAUCAGCCGUACAGACGGACGGACGCCGGCCGACGCAGCGCCAAGUGGAAACCAGGACAGCAGCUCCACGUGUCGUCAGACAUCUCGCUGUGAAACACUAACACACAC